AUGGGUCAGGGGAGAUUGGUGCUCGAGCUAAUCGGGGAGGAGAAGUCGAGGAGGGUAACAUUCAAGAAGAGGAAGAGUGGCAUGUUGAAGAAGGCUAAGGAAUUCUUGAUUUUGUGCGGAGUGGACACUUCGAACAAUCUCGUCACCACCAACGUGGAUGUCAAGGUAGAAGACGAUGAUCAGGCCUUGUUGUUGUUAUGUCCUCUAUCGGAGUUCUAUGAGAGCUUCAUCGACACCAUACUCUAUGGGAGGACAAGCAUCACCUUGGAAGACAUCAAGGCGUCAUUGAACUCGAAAGAAUUGCAGAAGAAGGCAACCAAUUACCAUGGGAGCAACGAUGUUAGGCAUGUCCCGGGUAUAAGAAAAAAUUUGAUCUCAUUAGGAAGUCUUGAUGCUCUUGGCUACAAGUACAGAGGCCAAGGUAGAGUUUUGAAGGUCUCGAAGGGAGAUCUCAUGGUGAUGAGUAGGGUGUUGCGGGACUGGUUAUAUGUUCUGCAAGCUACUUUGGUGGAGCAAUGUAAGAGCGGGAGCCGAGGACAGGUGGAGAAACCUAUGAAGAAGGUAGAGUUCCUGUUGGAAGACUCGAAAACUCCUGAGACUCAGCCUGUGAUGGUAAAGGUCUGA